GAUGCUAUGCGAAAGGCGUUUCCGUUUCCGUUUCUGGCACAACCCAGCAUGGCGGCGGUGGAAUUUCUGCUUUGACUCAUUUGGGGUGCUUGUGCAGCAAGAUUGGCGAGAUGCCUGAACGGUUGAAGACUGUGAAAUCGACGUCGCGGACGCGCUGUCUGCGACGCUAGUUGGGCCCAAGUUCGCGAAAAUCGCGAUCCUAUAUGAGCAGUCGCUGCGCGUUUCUCUCGCGAGUUGACCACCACACAGGACAUCGUCGAUCUGGUGAAGUAAUUAAUUCGGCCUCCAGCAUGACUGACGGCGAAGGCAACGAAAUUCGUGUCAAGACGGCCUACAAUGGGGAGAUCAUGGUCAUGUACAUCGACCCAUCCAUCGCCCUCGAAAAGCUCUGCAAAGAGAUGCGCGAUAUCUGCAAAUUCAACGAGGAGCAGCCGUUCACAAUGAAGUGGGUCGACGAAGAAGGCGAUCCGUGCACCAUAUCGUCACAGGAGGAACUGAACGAAGCCAUCCGCCUUUACGAAGUCAACAAGGACUCGGAGCUCACCAUACACGUUUUUCCUAAUGUCCCCGUGGCCCCUGGUAUGCCCUGUGCUGGAGAGGACAAAAGCAUCUACAGAAGAGGGGCUCGGCGGUGGCGCAAGCUCUAUCGUGUCAACGGCCACAUCUUCCAGGCGAAGCGUUUCAACCGGCGUGCAUUCUGCACCUUCUGCCUGGACCGCAUCUGGGGGCUGGGCAGGCAGGGCUUCAAGUGCAUCAACUGCAAACUCAUGGUGCACAAGAAGUGUCACAAGCUCAUCAAGCUGGCUUGCUCGGGACCUCUCAAAAAUGACCAGGACCAGUUUGCUGAGUCGUCUGCCCCGACCACACCAGCACCGUCGAGAACGAGCGACACAACAAAUGGCGGCGACGUCAACGGCACAAGUCUGACCAGAGCCGGAACUCCCAGGCAUAAGACUCAUCACAGGGCAAGUUCAGCCAUCGAGACAACCACAGACUCUUCCGCCGGCCAGCUGGGCCAAGAAAUCGAUGACCAAGUUUCGGGAGGCGUAAGUGCUCAGGUGGAAUCUGGCGGCGACUCGUGCCAGUACGGUCUGAAGGACUUUGACCUGAUCCGUGUGAUUGGCCGCGGCUCUUAUGCCAAGGUGCUCAUGGUGGAACUCAAGAAGACCAACCGGAUUUACGCCAUGAAGAUCAUCAAAAAGGAGCUCGUCACCGACGACGAGGACAUCGACUGGAUCCAGACGGAAAAGCACGUCUUUGAAACAGCCUCCAACUACCCGUUCCUCGUGGGCCUGCACUCUUGCUUCCAGACAGAGAGCAGGUUGUUCUUUGUGAUCGAGUUUGUGCGGGGAGGAGACCUGAUGUUCCAUAUGCAGCGGCAGCGUCGCCUGCCAGAAGAGCACGCUCGCUUCUAUUCGGCCGAAAUCUCUCUCGCCCUCAACUUUUUGCACGAGAGGGGCAUCAUUUAUCGGGACUUGAAAUUGGACAAUGUCUUGUUGGACCAUGAGGGCCACAUCAAGUUGACUGACUAUGGCAUGUGCAAGGAGGGCAUUCGUCCUGGUGACACGACAAGCACUUUUUGUGGGACACCAAACUACAUUGCCCCUGAAAUCCUAAGAGGGGAAGACUAUGACUUCAGCGUAGACUGGUGGGCAUUGGGUGUGCUCCUGUACGAAAUGCUGGCAGGCCACUCUCCUUUCGACAUCAUGGGCACCAGCGAGAAUCCCGACGAGAACACCGAAGAUUUCCUCUUCCAGGCAAUCCUCGAGAAGACGAUCCGUAUUCCACGCUCUAUUUCGGUCAAAGCUCAGUCUGUGCUCAAAGGGUUCUUGAACAAGAACCCUGUUGAGAGGCUAGGUUGUCACCCGACCACAGGCUUCAGCGACAUCAUGUCGCAUGCAUUCUUCAAGAGCAUCAAUUGGGAGCAGCUGGAGGGAAAACAGGUGACUCCGCCGUACAAGCCCAAGCUCGGCACGGAGCGCGACUUUGAGCACUUUGACCCGCAGUUCACGAGCGAGCCUGUGCAGCUGACUCCCGAUGAUACGAGACUCAUCUCGAAGAUUGACCAGUCGGAAUUCGAGGGAUUCGAGUACGUCAACCCGUUGCUGAUGUCGCUGGAGGAUUGCGUGUAGCUGCCCCCUGUAUUAUCUCCCUCUCUCGUUUGUUGUUUCGUUUCCGGUCCAUGUCUCGACACACGUGUGGAGACUCAAGGGCCUGUUGCGCGCCUUUUCUCCGGAUUGCGCGUGAGAGCUUCGGGGCCCGCAACACGGGCAGACCAAAACGGGGCCAAGCCAGCUCAUUAAGCAUUCCUGCUCAUUUUUCGAGUGUCCGGCGCAAGGAAAUCGCCUAGCAUUGCAGCUGUUCUUGAAAGGCGUCGACCGCGGUGUCAUUGGCACCGUAACUAGUAGUAUCUCCUGAGCACUUGACCACAGGAUUGGGCUGGCUUCCUGCCUUCUGUGGACCACACACACACACACACACCCCUCAGAGGAGGCCUUCUUUUUAAUUAGUCCGAGAUAGUUUCUCGCGCAGAUUUUAUCGCGAGCGAGUGUUGGUGCACGGGCAUGCGUUGUUUUGCUUGGGGCAAGCGUUUCCUCAAGCUUGUCGGUGCGCGUGCGUUACGUGUUGUUGCCUUCCGCUGCCGUCGUUGCUGGGUGGUGGAGAAGUGCUUGUCGUAAGGCUCGGUGUGCUAGUGCAGAUAGCACAGAAUUGUAUCUGCAGAGCCAUUUGCUGUUGUUAAGCGAGACACAGUUCUUUUCCUACGAUACUUAAGAACCGCGUAGCUGCGCUGUAUCAUCAUUUGAGCCAGAGUUUUCUCUGCAUUCUUCCCCUUUCUGUUUUGUGCUGGAAAGAGCAGCCAACAUAUUGUUUCUGCAAGUUAGAAAUGGUUUUCAAAGUAGCUUGUUUCGACAAAACGCUUAAAGACAUGCAGAGUGCGUACUCAUUGUCUCAGUUUUCAUAUUGUCGGGUCGUCAUCAUGCAGCUGCCCUGCUCACUGAAAGUAGCCAUCAAAGUGUGAGCAGUUCACAGGUGGCAUUCCCUCCAGUGGCAAACGUCCUAUUGCCAGGUAGCACUUUCUGUUGGGUUGUUGUGCGCACGUGUAUCGAGAAGCAUCGCGGUGUUGCUCCUCAAGGCCACGGCAUCCUUUUGGGGUCUAGUUUUUGGGUCGUCAAGAGCCGAGUAGAACCCAGGUGCUGCUGUGUUUUAUCAUAGUAUUAGGCGUUCUUUUUUCUUCCUUCUCGUCCCGACACGCCAGGGACCGACCUACAAAAGAGUCGCAUUCCAUCCAUCACUGUGAACAGUUCUAGUUGUCUUUUUUUCACCACCAAAUUGGACCAGUGCUGUCGGCACCACAGACUCUCUUCCGAGUUUCUAAGCCUGCUUUCCUGUGAUGUUGUAUGCCAACACAAAGUCGUCUGCGUUGAGAAUGGUUCAGGUUUGACUGCCCAGUGCUAGCUUAUAGUUUAGUACUUAAUUUGCGUGUUGAUUACUGCUGACCAAGAUAUAGGCUGAAGCGUAACGUAUAUCGCUCCUAAGAGAAUUACAUUUUUUCCGACGUAAUUUUGCUCCGCAAGACAGUAGUCAAUAUUCCCAGGUGCGCUUAUUUUUCCCUCUGAUUCUGCUUGCCCACAUGGUAGUGUUACCAACAAGGAAGUUCCAAGCAAACAGUUUAAAAACACUUGCACGCUUUGGGGCGUAUUUCUGUCACAAUGGUGACUAUUACUGGAUUGCGAGCCUUUCCUUGCUUUUAACACCGCACUUCGGCUACUUUCGUGUCGUUAAUGGCAUGCACGUUAUCAACGGGUCAUUGUAAUUUUUGAUAGGAGAGUAGUGCGUGCUGAGUUCUCAGAAAAGGAAGCACACGCAAGCAAGAUGAUGAUUGCUGUUGUGUGACGAAAAGAAAAAAUACCCAAAGGGAUGCAAGUGAAGAGCAGUGUACCACGAAUUUAUGCUUUACAGAAUGUCAUGGGCGAUGCUACGCUCUAAGUGGUGUGACACAAAGCAAGGUGAACUUAGCUGAAGAAAAGGCUUGCCAACUAGAGCUUUGUUUUGUUUCAUGCGCUUUGGGACAGCGCUAGGGGUGACGGAGAAAGCAGCCAGUAAAGCAGCUCGUUUGCUCAUCGUUAGCGGCAGAUGACAGUGCUCUCCGGUCGUAGCUUUUAAUUAAUGGUGGUGCCACUUUUCUAGGUUUCAUAUUCGAAAGUUUUAGAACUGUGAGUAGGAACUGUUGUCUGAUCUAGUACAACUCCUUUUCACAUUGUGGGCACCUAGCGGCGUUGUUGCCGUCGUCACUGUUGGGGCAAAGAAAAGUAGGUGCAACUUAGUCGGCAGAUGUCGUGACACGUAUGUAAUUAGGAUUCCACUAGCAGGUACUUGAGAUGUGAUAGUAAAGUAACGUGGCACCUUUAUGGCCUUCGCUAGUUGUUAGUGACCUGAUCUUACUACUUGUACCAAUUUGGAGCAUAUAGGCAGCGAAACGCUUACAGUAACAUGUUUUGGCUGUAAGUUUUAAUCUUACCAAAUGGAGGGAGGAUGGCAUUUCUUCGGUCAGCAGCGAGGCAACCCUUAACGGGCUGCUUCGAUAUGAGUGAUGCAUUUAUAGAAACCGUUUGUUGAAUGAUAGGCCAUUUUUUAGAGUGUUUCUAGAAAGACCGUUCCUGCCAUGUGCACUUUGAACACGCUACAGUGUGACCCUCACCAGCACUUCUCGUAUCACGUGGAAACUAGCAGCAGAGAGCGUUUUCUCAAAGUUAGCGAGCAUAUAAGGUGGUUCCUUUUCUACAGUUUCUUUUUUUAAUUGCAGAUUGUCGAGUUCUCGUUGUCUUAUCUGGUGCUGACACCUAGAGAGUACUUGUGUAAACGUGCGCAGGGCUCACGUCAGUUUCAAGAUCAGUCAAGUUUUAUCCUUUUAAAAUUGUCACAGGCUGCUUUUUUACUUUGUGGCGGCAAGUGCCGUAACUAUCUCAUUCCAUUUUUUGUUUCUUUCCUCCACAUUGCCCUUAGUAACAGUAGGCGCGUUAACACUUUUGAUGAACCAUUGUCUCGCACAUUCCGGUCGCCAGUGUCACUUUUAGAGAUGGCUUAUGUGAUGUGUAAAGUGUGUCGACAUGUGAUGCGGCCUUCUCAAGAGGACACAGAGAUAAACUAGGUUAUCUCUGAACAGUAUGUGGAGAUGUUAUCAUGGGGAGCACUGAGGGGCCAGAAAGGAAGUGAAAAAAAAAAUAUCUUUAUCAGGGCUGUUCAUUGAUUAGUUUUAGUUAUUUCUGAACCGAAAAAAAAAAAGGAAGUGAGAGCUACAGCUUACUGCUGUCAUAAUUCAGGCACUUGAUGUUUGUUGAUUCAGUUUUACCUUUGUUUCGCUCGCCAUAUUUCCAAGGGUGAUUUGGAACAUCCCAACAUCCACUGGGAGCGGGUAUGUAGCGUACAUCAAAGCAUGUCAGCACGAUUUCGACUUCGGAGUGCUUUUCAAAGCACUGCUUGCUGUCGCAGAUCUUGGACAGGGGUGUAAAGGUCAUUCCAAGCUGAGGCUCCUAAUUCGAUAAAUUCAUUCCGCUGUUUUGAUGACCUCUUCUUGUUGAAGAUGACUUGUUGAACGGCUCCCUUCCUAUCGUCGUUGAAGGCCAAAGCGUUCGCCGCGAACGUGUGUACACGACGAAGCAUGCUAAAUGCUCUGUCAGUGCGAUCGAGCCUUAUUUUCUUUCGUCAACCGCAAAGUAUUUAUAUGACUGUAAUGUAUCACAUUGCAUAUUUUUUACUUCGUUUUACGUUUUGUGAUUAUUACUUGUCGUUUGUUGCCGUUUUGCUCAUUGUCAUAUUACCUUGUUGUGUUUUUUUUUUUCUGAUUGUGCAUCUGCGCACGUAUAUAUACAUAUAUAUAUAUAUAUAUAUAGCAGUUUGGCCAAGGUCACCAAGCUGCAGUUAUGCUGUUACUCCACCAUGGGCACUUGAUUAUUAUAGAUUUUUUCUUAUGCCUUAAUUUUUUUUUCAGCUCAGUUUCUAAACACCUCAUGACAGUGCUCAGUUGUGCUGACAUUCCUGUUGCCUUUUCCUUUUUUCUCGAUCUACAAGGUGUGCUAAUGUGCUUUUGUGGCACGCUGCGCGUUUCAUUUUUAACAAUCCACUGCAUUGUUUGUAAUCGUGACGUUUUUUGUGAAUACUACACGCUUCCGCUCGUCAUAGUGGCUGCUUUUCAUGGCAUGCACUUUGUUGUACAGGAGACUGAACUUUCGCCACGUUUUCAUAACCUUCUAAUAAAUAUAUAUGUAUGUAUUAUAUAUUAUACGUACACCUAAUCGAAAAUGAUGUCCGAAAAAAGGUUGCCUCGUCACUUCGUGGAAAGUAACAGUUUUCGGGCGCUCGUGAAAUGGACGCUCGUCGACCCUUACUAUAAUUUGGUCACCAUUGGCCGUAGACGGGUCGACACUUGUACAGCGAACGAGAAAGGCAUAUGAAAUAUUUAUUCUGUUUUACAUUCACAGUGGAAGCGCAAAUUUGUAGUGUACGAGAGAAGGCAAGAAGAGAUAACGCAGUUGCAGCCACCACUAAGUUUCAUUUACAGGAAUGACUGCUACAGGAACGCAAGCACACCAGAAUAUAUUACUUGAUGGCAAACAGUGACCAUUUUUCUAUUCUCAUCUAAGUGGUGAAACACUUGGUUCGCCAUAUGGAUUCUAUACUAAAAAGAUACCUUUUUGGUUCACUGCACGUGUGUGACGAUGUGAAAUGCGUCAUUGUGUUCAUGUUUCAACAAAAUUAGCGCUUUACAUACGAGAUUGUUGUUCUUGUAGCUGUUUUCCUUCUUAGCUAAGCAUAGUUCUGACUGCAGUGGCCAUGUUGUCUGCUUUGUUUCCCCUUGCUUCCCCUGUCACCUACCAUGCAUUUGCGCUGGCAUUGUGAAUGUAAUCAGCCACCAACUACCUAGCUGUCAAAACUACCGACAUGACAGCACUUCCUUGUACCACGUCCUUUCGCCAUGCCCAGUGGAAAGGCAGUUUGAAGUUGUAGCUUUUUACCGAGAAAGAAAAAAAGAAUGGUUUGGUUCGGGCACUUCCUGUAAUGCUGUGGGCGCUCUAAAUUUCAUUCAACAACAAAAAUCUCUACGGCACAAUUUAUUCUCUAAAGGGUGUUGCUUAAAUUGGGUGUGUGCACGCAAUGCUGAAGUCGUUAACACCCUUAAAGGUGUAGCAAAAAAAUCUUGACAGCGUUCAGUGUACGUUUGUUCACUAUAUCUCUGUCUACGGUGCAACAGAUCUUGCAAGACCCUAAGCGUCAUUGCAUAUUGUGACGCAUCUGUUCUGGAUAUUCCGGAGUUGUAUUUAAAGUCACGCUAAACAGUAUGAAAUGUACGUGAGGGAACAUGUAAAUUAUGUUAAAAUACUGACUCGCGCUAAUGCCAUAGGUGCACUGGUUACUAUGUCUGUUGAACAGUUUUGCCUGCUGGGAUACAUCGGUUAACGUUUCCUGAAGGCCGCAGGUGAAUCUGCAUCAACUAGCUGAAUGUACAAAGUGAGGUGUUUGCACACACUGUUCCUUGUACACUUUGAUGCCACGUUGUGCAUUAAUUUUUCAGAAGUAACUUCAAUUCUUUUGUGUGUAUGUGCAACGCGGUCUGUUAAACUCCCUCCACGUGUUUUGAUCACGAAAAUGUGGCGAAUUUAACUGAAUUGUCUUUCCAUUUUUUUGGCCUUUGACGACUUGCAUCGCAUGAGCACUGCCGUUCAGCGGAUAUGGAAUUACAGACACAGAGGCCUUUUCUUGUCCUUUAUAACUCCUGUACACUCGGCAUUUUUUAAUUUUUUUUGACAGAUUUUUUCGUGCGUGCUGUCUGUAUACAUACAGCAAAAGGCGCGCUCGUCAAAGUGAGUACACGCACGACCGCGUGCCUCUUCCACAUAGACCUAUGUCUCCGUUCGCAUUAAACUUUUUGAAGCGCUUUGUGGAUGUAAUCGCUGUCGCAAUGUCAACCUGCCUCUUGAUUAUGCAUAUCUGUUGUUUGCCACUUCGAGAAGUUGCACGUGCCGUGGCAUUUCACGACAUGCGCGUGUUGACCCUGCUGCCGUGUAGUUGUUCACACUAAUGCUCUAUAGCUGUACUCACCGUGAAAUAAAGUGAAAAAGUAUUGUACAGAGGUGAUCAUAGCAGAA